AUUUUCAUGGCAUGAGAGAGAGAGAGAGAGAGAGAGAGAGAGAGAGAGAGAGAGACGUUUAAGAUUGAUGAGCAAAGAAGAUUUCGAAACAAAUCACAUGGAAGAAGAGCAUACUUCCACCGUUACCCUCUUCUCCUCUCAUUCUCAUUAGGGUUUUUUAUGUUUCUCCCCUUUGCCUCUUUCUAUUCAGCUUCGCAUCUGGGCUCUUGUCUCUCUCUCCGUUUUCCCCACUGAUUCACUUCUUAAAACCUGUGAAUUUUGGUGGGUUUUUUUUGUUUCGUCGUUCUGAUUCUGUAAUUGCAAGAAUUUUUUCCGCGAGAUAAGAGGAUAGAGAGAGAUAUGGAGGAGGGCGGUAAUCUGUUGCAGUGGGGUAUGGUCAGAUCUCUGUUAGCGAUUCUACAAUGGUGGGGUUUCAAUGUCACUGUUAUCAUCAUGAACAAAUGGAUCUUCCAGAAACUGGAUUUCAAGUUUCCGUUAUCAGUGUCGUGUGUUCACUUCAUAUGUUCAUCCAUCGGAGCUUACGUCGUGAUCAAAGUGCUGAAGCUUAAACCUUUGAUCGUGGUUGACCCCGAAGACCGGUGGAGAAGGAUCUUCCCAAUGUCCUUCGUGUUCUGUAUCAACAUAGUAUUGGGAAAUGUCAGCCUUCGUUACAUCCCGGUUUCGUUCAUGCAGACCAUAAAAUCCUUCACUCCUGCAACCACAGUUGUGUUACAGUGGUUGGUGUGGAGGAAAUACUUUGACUGGCGUAUAUGGGCGGCACUGGUUCCCAUCGUCGGAGGAAUCCUCUUGACCUCUGUUACAGAGCUUAGUUUUAACAUAUUCGGGUUCUGUGCCGCGUUAUUUGGAUGUUUGGCUACUUCAACAAAGACCAUUCUUGCCGAAUCUCUUCUCCAUGGUUACAAGUUUGACAGUAUAAACACAGUAUACUACAUGGCACCAUUUGCCACUAUGAUUCUCGGGAUACCGGCCAUUUUGCUUGAAGGCAAUGGAAUAGUGGAUUGGUUUCAAGCUCACCCAUCUCCUUGGUCAGCCCUCAUGAUAAUUUUCAGCUCUGGUGUGCUCGCCUUCUGUCUCAACUUCUCCAUUUUCUAUGUCAUUCACUCAACAACAGCAGUCACAUUCAACGUAGCGGGAAACCUUAAGGUAGCAGUGGCGGUUCUAGUGUCGUGGUUGAUAUUCCGUAACCCGAUCUCGGGAAUGAACGCUGUUGGAUGUGGAAUAACGCUCAUCGGUUGCACGUUUUAUGGAUAUGUGAGGCAUAUGCUCUCCCAGCAACCACCUGGAACUCCUCGAACACCUCGGACCCCGAGGACCCCGAGGAACAAGAUGGAGUUGCUCCCUCUUGUCAACGAUAAAGCCGAGGGUAAAGACUGAAGGAUGGCAUUGCAAUUCUUGAGGUCUACAGUUAUUACUGUAAGUGAAACUGAUACUACUGAUACUGCAGAGAGAAUUUAGUACUACUCAGAUACAUGGAUGGUGGAUUUGGUCAUAUGAUUCAUGAACAUUUCAUUAUUAUCAUCCAUGAAAAUGAACAUGAAACUUUUUUAAGUUAUGCUAUUUUAUUCGACCUCAGAUUGUAGAGAAGUAACUUUUUUUUGUCUUGGGUUUCUGGUUAUAGCAAAUAUAUAUGACUUCCUUGUUAUAUGA